CUAUUUCGACCAUUUUCCUCCUUCGCAGAGGAGGUAAAAUCCCGUCUCCUCCCAUCCCUUCUCGGAAACCCAGACCCAAUGUCCGACAAGAAUCUAAUCUGAGCCCAUAAUAUAAAAAGAAAAGGGUGGCAAGGAAAAAGAACUAAAAGUCUCGUCUUUGGCCCCUCAAAUCCUCUGUUGGGUCUCUCGCGGCUUGUGGGAUUCCAGAGGGCUCUGCGCUUUUUCUUUGGACAGCCCGGAGAGCGAGCGAGCGAGAGAGAGAGAGAGAGAGAGAGGCAUGGCAUUCUCUCGAUCACCUCCUAUUCUCUUCCUACCAGCCCUUCUCGUCCUCUUCCUUUCCUUCUCCGUCUCCUGCGCUUCUUCCCGGCUUCACCGCACGCUGAUACCAGGUGGAAGAGGGGAAGAUGGCUUGGUUAUGUGGAGAAGGUCUCUUGCUGAGAAUUCAUCAUCUGUUGAGCUUUCCAACAGCUCUUUCAUCUUGGCUGCGGAGAGGACAGACAGGAAGGACCCUUUGAAUGGAUACAAACAUUACACCGGUGGUUGGAAUAUCAGUAAUAACCACUACUGGGCUUCAGUCGGUUUUACAGCAGCUCCCUUGUUUGUCCUUGCUUUGAUCUGGUUCCUGGGAUUUGGUUUGGUUUUAUUGCUAAUAUGUUGCUGCUAUUGCUGCUGCCGACGUCAGAGUUAUUCCUAUUCUCGCACGGCAUAUGCUCUCUCGCUUAUUUUGCUCAUACUAUUUACCUGUGCUGCAAUUGUUGGAUGCAUCGUGUUGUACACCGGUCAGGGGAAGUUCCAUUCCAGCACUUCAAAUACUCUAGAUUAUGUUGUGGGUCAGGCCAACAUAACGGUUGACAAUCUUAGGAAUUUCUCAGAGAGUUUGGCAGAUGCUAAGAAGAUUGGGGUGGAUCAAAUCUUCCUGCCUGCUGAUAUCCAGGGUAAAAUUGAUGCCAUCCAAACUAAGCUCAACUCAUCAGCUAAUGAUCUUUCUACUAAGACAAAGGACAAUUCUAGGAAGAUUCAGCACGUGUUGGAUGAAGUGGUAUUGGCUUUGAUUAUACUUGCCGCAGUGAUGCUCCUUGUGGCGUUUCUUGGAUUCUUAUUCUCUAUACUUGGAUUGCAAUUCCUUGUCUCCAUCUUUGUGAUUGUUGGAUGGAUUCUUGUAGCGGGUACAUUUAUCUUGUGUGGAGUUUUUCUUCUUCUACAUAAUGUGGUUGCAGACACAUGCGUUGCAAUGAACGAUUGGGUCGAUCACCCUCAUGCGCAUACAGCUUUGGAUGAUAUUCUUCCCUGUGUUGAUACUGCCACUGCUAACGAAUCACUGUACCGAGGCAGGGAAGUCACUUUCCAGCUGGUAAAUGUUGUGAAUCAAGUCAUCAACAAUAUUUCCAAUAGGAACUUCCCUCCUCGUGCCGGACCUCUAUAUUAUAACCAAUCCGGACCAUUGAUGCCCCCACUUUGCAACCCAUACACAGCCGGCUUGAGUAACCGUACAUGCGCCACUGGAGAAGUCAGCUUGAGCAAUGCGUCACAGGUAUGGAGGGGUUACAUUUGCCAAGCUGCUGUUGUGUCUGGGUCUGAGAUAUGUACCACCGCUGGCCGGGUUACUCCAGGCAUCUACAAGCAAAUGGCAGCAGCCGUCAAUGUGAGCCAAGGAAUAUACCUUUAUGGGCCAUUUCUCACUGGUCUAGAAGACUGCACUUUUGUGCGACAAACAUUUACUGAAAUUAAUAACAAUUACUGCCCUGGCCUGGAGCAGCACAGCAAAUGGAUCUACGUUGGGCUUGUGAUGGUGUCGAGUGCUGUGAUGCUGUCUUUGAUCUUCUGGGUCAUCUAUGCCAGGGAAAGGCGUCACCGCAAGUAUAACAAGCAGUUUAUUCAUUCAGACCCAUCUUGAAGCCAUUGCGACUAGCAUGAAGAGUUUUUUAUUUGGGGUAGGUUUAGCUCAUGAAAUUUUGGUGAUGCUGAGAUCUCUUCAGAGCUUUCCUGCUGCAAAAAAAUGCUUCCUGGCCCGACUGUUUAGAAUCUAAAUAGGAUGCGGAGGGGAAACUAAAUGUUGCCAAAGCUUGAUGUCUGUGUUUAGAAGGCAUAUUUGGCCCUUAGAUGUGUAUAUACAUUGUUGGAACGGCUACCUUACAAAGCUCAUGAAUCGAUACAAUCAAUUGUGUCAGCUCUUGAAUCGAUACAAUCAAUUGUGUCAGUCGCCAAAAAAUCUUGAAGAUAAGAAGUCUUCUUCAGUACUGUAUUUAUAUGCUCUGCAAUAUAAGAAGUAAUCCAGUCAGCUGCUGUAUUGGCUAGUCAGAAAACAUGCAUGCAUAUGGUUACA